AUGAGGCCGAGUUCGGCCCAUCUGAUGAGCCCCAACAGUGAUAUUGUCGGCCCUUCUCCUGUGACUUCUAACGGGACCGCUACUACGGAAAUCGAGGAUGAAGCGGCUGACAAUGCCGAGGAAGAAAACGGUCAGACCCCACCGGCACAGCUACUCCCCACAGUCAACACCAAGGUGAAACCGGUAUCAUUUGGCCUGGAUGCCCCGACACCACAGGCUCAGAAGUUGGAAGAUGUGCUUGCCAACGAUCCCUCGAAGUUACGAUCGAGCACAGCCAGUAGUUUAGAGCGUGAGACUCGCCGUGUGUGUACACCUCCGAGGAGUAUCUUCUCACAAUUUAUCGCAGUGAUACCCGAAAGCCAUGAGGUGGACGCAGACGACGAUGAAUACGACGACGCCGACGAUUUUGCGGACCCGGGGCUCGGCCAAGACACCGAGGUCAAAGCACUUAGGGCAGCUCUCGAGGAGUGUUGGACACUUUGCAACACACUCGCGAACCUCAGCACUAUCCACCGAGAACGCGUCUUCAACAGCUCGGGGACGCCGGACGCCCAUGAGAAGGCCUGGAAGAGUUGCUGGAAACUUUGCAAGCGGCUCUACCACAGCCGAGACGACAUCUCCGAAUCGUACGGUGUCCGGACGAAUCUAGACCUCUGUCGUGACUUCUGCCAGUCAUUGUUUGACGUACGGCAAAAGAAGGAUGAGACAGCCGAUUCUAUACUCAGAGUCAGCUUUGAGCUCAACAACCAGUACGAAUCUAUUUGCCCACCCUACCCCUUUUCGUUCACCAGGGAGAUCCCUCUAACACAGCCUUGCAGCCUCUACAGCGCCCAGGAUAGCCGAUCGCUUCCAGAGGCCUUUCGAGAACGGACGCUGGAUUUCUACAUCACCCUCUGCCACCGACUCAUGAAGCAGCGCAGCGACCUGGGCGAGGAAACGGAUUCGCUUUUACGGGCGUGCUGGUCUUUGGCCGAGAUGCUCUUCAGCCUGCGGCAAAACCGGCGAGACGGCAAGGCGGCCGACGAGGAGCUACUUGGCUCUGCGGUACAAGCCUGCUGGGAGCUUUGCGAUAUCUUCCGCGAGGGCUGGACACAGAUCCGGCCAGAUCGGGGCACCCCGCGGCCGAACCAGAUCAACUUCUUCGCUGCCGGCCCACCUUACGGCCUCCAGCCGGUGGGCAGCCAUCCAUCUGACGUUGCUCGUUCGAAUGCCGGCAGCCGCGCAUCAUUGCAUUCGAAACGGAAGAGCCUGCAGAGCCUCAACGAUCUCGAACGACCACGACCACAUGCUGUUGUCCCCGAAACCCCCGUGACCGAGUUCGAGGACACCCCCGUAUCGCCUGACGCCAGCCCUCAAAUGCCCAACAUACUGGUUCUCGGCACCUCGACCGAUUCACGCAGCGAUCGUGGCGGUCGCUGGUCAAGCAAUGCCUCAAACUUGUCAGGCUACAGCCAGAGCAGCCAACACACUUCGAGUACGGCCACUACCGCUGCCACCGUGGAGGAUACUAACAUCACACGCAUCAAGGCGCUCAUCGUGAAGGCCGCUAUGAACAUCGGCUUUAACCGGGACGCGGCGGCGGCUAAUGGCACCGGCGGUGCAGUCUCGCUGCAGAAUUUCGUCAAGAGCCUCCCAACAGGCUCCUUCGGCUCUCUACCCACUCAUGCAACACUGCUACAGGGCUACAAAAACCUUGUUCUCAGCGACACAGCCUUCCGCUCCUCGGCUAGCCUUCCCAUCCGCGGGAAACGAUUCACCGCUGUUGAGAUCGCUAAGAGCGUCAGCUGGAUGACGCUGCGGUCUAACCAGUACAACUUCCUGAGGGAUCUGUUCCGACUCGUCUUUGGCAUCCAACCCGACGAGGCUGAGACAAGGAAAAACAUGUCGAUCACGGUUUAA